AUGACCGGAUUGGCCUCCUCUACGUCCACAGGGGGGGCCGCGAGCUCCUUGUGGGUCGCCAAGUGUGUGCACAAGUCGUACGUUUUUCCCAAUGCCACUCUAGUCUCGGUCGACGCGCUGCCCAGCGGCUCCGUCAUUCAGCUCCCAUACGGCCCGGACCUCUGUGCCAACGCGGGCGUCACGGCCACGGCAACGAGCGACCUGUGCCGUGUUGUUGUCAACAUCACCGAUACGCCUGGCAGUUCCAUUCGCAUCGACGCCUGGCUGCCUGCCGACUGGAACGGCCGCUUCCUCGCCACCGGUAACGGCGGCAUCGGCGGCUGCAUCGACUACUCGGGCCUCCAGACCGGCGCCCAGCUCGGCUUUGCCACGCUCGGCACCAACGCUGGCCACGACGGCGAAGUGGGUUUCGACUUCUUCCUCAACCAGCCUGCCGUCAUCAACGACUUUGGAUACCGAGCCAUCCACGUCGAGGCCGAGUUUGGCAAGCAGCUCAUCCAGCACUUCUACGGCCGCGCCCCAGCCACCAGCUACUACCACGGCUGCAGCACCGGCGGCCGCCAGGGCCUCCAGAACGCGCAGCUCUACCCAGCAGACUUUGAUGGCGUCCUCGCAGGUGCCCCGGGCAUCGACUGGCUGCACAUUGUCGCCUCCAAGGGCAUCCUUGCCCGCCGCAUUGGCUGGCCGGAUCUCACCAGCAGCGCCUACGUGCGACCUGAGCAGUGGCGCGCCAUUGUCGCGCAUCAGAUCGCGCUGUUCGACCCUCUUGACGGUCUCGCCGAUGGCAUCAUCGACGACCCGGCGCGGUUCCGCUAUGACCCGGCUCUAGCCGCCUGUGGUGGGACCGCACUCAACAGCUCUCUCUGUCUGGAACCGGAUCAGGUCGCCGCCGUUCGGGCUGCGUACGAACCCCUCACCGACGGAUCUGGCGCCAUCGUGUAUCCAGGCUUCAGCGUUGGCGCCGACACGAGUGUCUUCUCGGCUAACCAGCUCAACGGCACCGCACGGUUGUCGUACCGCGUGCUCGACGACUUCUGGCGCGGCGCCGUGUACAAUGACUCGACCUGGGACUCGCUCAACUUCACCGUAGAUGACAUGGAUUUUGCCAUUCACCUGAACCCGGGAGGCGUGGGGUUUCGCGAGACAGACUUCUCGGCCACCCACGCCCGCGGCGUCAAGAUCAUGUCAUACCAUGGCCAAGCCGACCAGACCAUCACCCCGGCGCUCUCGGCCGAGUACUUCACCAAGGUGCAGGCCUCGACGGGGCUUGAUGCCACAGCCAUGGCCGACUUCUACCGCCUCUUCUUCGUGCCGGGCAUGGGCCACUGCAGCGGAGGCAUCGGCGCUACUGACAUUGGGCAGAAAUACCCACUGGAUCCCACAAGGGUCGAUGCCGACAACAACGUCUUGCUGGCCCUCGUAGACUGGGUCGAGAAGGGCAAGGCACCCGAUAUGAUCUUCGGUGCUCGGUACGCCAGCGGCAAUGUCUUGCAACCAAUUCUUGCGAGCCGAAAACACUGCCCGUAUCCGCAAAGAAGCAAAUGGAAUGGAGUGACCAACUCGAACCUAUCAACGAGCUGGGACUGUGUUUUCUAA